AAUGUCACUAUAACAGGAGGACUUAAUCGCCUGGUGAGGUUUGCAGACCCCCGCAGCCUGUCCUAUUCGGCAGAAAGCUCCUUGCUUCUCUCAGCUUCCCCUCUCAGAAACCUACUGCCAACAUGUCUGAUACCGAAGACGUUGAGCAAGUAGAGGAAGCUCAAGAGGAAGUUCAUGAACCAGAAGUCCAUGAAGAAGAGAAGAAACCCAGACCACCACCGAUGUCUGCACCUAAGAUCCCAGAGGGUGAGAAAGUAGACUUUGAUGACAUCCAAAAGAAGAGGCAGAACAAGGACUUGAUUGAGCUUCAAGCCUUGAUUGAUAGUCACUUUGAAGGCCGGAAGAAGGAAGAGGAAGAGCUGUUGGCUCUCAAAGAAAGAAUUGAGAAGCGUAGAGCUGAGAGGGCAGACCAGCAACGAAUCCGGGCUGAGAAGGAAAAGGAGCGUCAAUCCAGGCUUGCUGAAGAAAAGGCAAGAAGAGAGGAGGACGAUGCCAAGAGACGGGCUGAAGACGACAUGAAGAAGAAGAAGGCUCUCUCCUCCAUGGGUGCCACAUACAGCAGCUACUUGGCUAAGGCUGAUCAGAAGAGAGGAAAGAAACAAACCGCAAGAGAACUGAAGAAGAAAGUUCUGGCAGAAAGACGCAAACCCCUCAACGUUGACCACCUUAGUGAAGACAAACUGAGGGAGAAAGCAAAGGAGCUUUGGGACUGGUUAUAUUCACUGGAAACUGAGAAGUAUGAAUAUUUAGAGAAGAUCAAGAGGCAAAAAUAUGAUAUCACCACCCUCAGGAACCGGAUUGAUCAGGCCCAGAAACACAGCAAGAAGGCCGGAGCCAAAGGCAAAGUUGGAGGACGCUGGAAGUAAAGACCGGGAAGGUGCCUGCAGGCAGAAUCAUCACUGGCGGUGGCAUGGUUAAAGAUCGCUGGCUUCUCUUUCCCUUUUCAAAUGUGGAUGCGUUCCCUCUCCUAAGCAAAACCAUAGUUGUAACAUCAGCCUGGAUUGUCUACUGCUUUUUUCAAGAGUUCACACAUCUUCUAGAACCAUUGGUCUGGAAUCGAGAUGACUCCCUGCUGACACCUUUUACUACCUGCUGCGUGUGUCCUUUAUUUUCCCAACCCUACGCUGCCCUGUAGAUUGCAGUGUAUGAGUCCUCUGGUUUUGUAAAUAAAGUGUGACCGAUAUACUUCAGCUAUA